UUUUGCACUGUGCUUUUCAUAAUAGCAGAAAGGGCCAAUUUUGUGUAACCGUUACCUCCCACGCGUCCAACCCUCUUCUUUAAAUCUGCUUUUGGCUCUUCUUCAAUCUUCCCAUCUAGAUUUUCCGGCGACCGUGAGAAAAAUGUCUCCGUUUGGGAGCAACAAGAGCUUGAAUGGGGAGGAGGGUAAGCAAUAUCCUUCCCCACUUGCCUCCCAUCAGGAUGCUAUCAGGGACCCUAUAGUCUUCUGGGACACUCUCAGGCGCUUCCAUUUUAUGAUGAACACCAAGUUUAUGAUUCCUGUGAUUGGGGGGAAGGAGCUAGAUUUGCAUGUUCUUUAUGUAGAGGUUACAAAAAGAGGUGGUUAUGAGAAGGUUGUUGCAGAGAAGAAAUGGAGGGAAGUGGGAAAUAUUUUCAGGUUCUCUCCAACCACAACAAGUGCUUCCUUUGUAUUGAGGAAACACUACUUCAGUCUCCUUUACCAUUAUGAACAGGUCUACUUCUUUAAGCUGCAGGGUCCUGUUUUCACUCCAACAGUUUCAUUUCCUGCUAGCAAUCCUUCGUGGAGACCUGAAUUGGCUAUUGUGGAAUAUUCCCCCAAAACGACUACAGAUUAUCCGGAACCGCUUGUUGAAGGCCCUUCAUGCGUCUCAGCUAUUGGAACAAUUGAAGGGAAAUUCGAUUGUGGUUAUUUGGUGUCUGUGAAAUUAGGUUCUGAGGUUCUUAGAGGAGUACUUUACCAUCCGGAGCAGCCAGAUUCUUCUACCUCAGUUCCCGAAUCCAACAGUGCCAUUAUACCAUACACCCACAAACCACCUCACCAUUCCAGCCGUCGUCGACGGAGAAGAAAAAGUAAAAGAAGGGGAGACCCCAACUAUCCAAAGCCCAAUCGGAGUGGCUAUAACUUCUUCUUUGCCGAGAAGCAUUACAAGCUCAAAUCUUUGUACCCAAACAGAGAAAGGGAGUUCACAAAGAUGAUUGGCGAGUCAUGGAGCAACCUCAGCCCUGAAGAAAGGAUGGUUUACCAGAACAUUGGAUUGAAAGACAAGGAACGAUACAAGAGAGAAUUGAAAGAGUACAAAGAGAAACUGAAGCUCAGCCAGGCAAUUAACUAUUAGGGAUCGAGAACAGAGGAAAGCCAGCAAAACCAAAAGAAACUUAAGGCGACUUUUUGGGUUGUAGUUGUACUGUCUAUAUACAGAUGUGGUUGACUAUUAGGAAACUGCAAUUCUUGCUUGCAUGGUGAUAUACUACACAUUACUGAUGUUGCCGGUGGCUAUUUUGCAUGGACAGGAAGUGGUUUUCCUACAGCAAAGUGAAUGCAUUGAGCAUAUUCCUUGUGCAAA